AUGGACGUGGGCGCCGACGAGUUCGAGCAGAGUCUCCCUCUGCUGCAGGAGCUCGUCCUGGGCGCCGACUUCGUGGGUCUGGACAUAGAGUUCACAGGCCUUCGCUCUAACCUGUCCCGGCCCCAGCAGAUCAGUCUUUUCGACUUGCCCUCCGAGUGGUAUCUAAAGACCCGCCACAGUGUUCAGCAAUUCACCAUCUGUCAGAUUGGAUUGUCUGUGUUUUCCAGUAUUGAAGGAGAGUUGAACAAGUAUGUAGCCCAUUCCUGUAACUUCUUUCUCUUCCCGACGACAUUUGGGAUCUUGGAUUCCGAAUUCUCUUUCCAGGCUUCUAGUGUUCAGUUUUUGAAUCAGUAUGGCUUCGACUACAACAAGUUUCUCAAAAAUGGGAUCCCAUAUAUGAAUGAGGAGCAGGAAAAGAAAAUUAAACACAACAUCCUGACCGGGAACUGGAGAGUUCGCAGUUCUUUGGAUAAAGACCAGAUCAAGGUGGUGAUCGAUGAGGUGACACGGUGGCUGGACCUGGCGGAGGAGGGCGACUGGAUGACUCUCCCUGGUAUCGCUGGUUUCCAGGCCUUUGAGGUCCAGCUGGUGCUGAGGCAGGCCCUCCCCGACAUCUGGACGGUCCUGAGAGAUCAGGGGAUAAUAGUGAAAAAAGUGAGUAAACAGCAUCGCUGGUAUCUUGAAAACACCUCCUGUGAUCGAGCCAGCUGUUGGAAGGAGAAGAUUCUUCUCUCUGCCAGGGGUUUUUCGGUCUUUUUCCAGAUGCUGGUGAAAGCCCAGAAGCCCUUAGUGGGCCACAAUAUGAUGAUGGACCUGCUGCAUCUGCACGAGAAGUUCUUCCGGCCGCUCCCAGAAAGCUAUGAUCAAUUUAAGCUGAAUAUCCACAACCUGUUUCCUGUUCUCAUUGACACUAAGAACGUGACCAAGGAUAUCUGGAAGGAACUGAAUUUCCCAAGGGUUUCAAAUCUUUCAGAAGUUUAUGAAGUCCUAAACAGUGACUUGAAUCCUACCAAAAAUUCCGGGCCAGUGGUUAUUCACGCAAGCAAGUGUGAAAAAUAUGUUGAGACCAAGUACCCUCACGAGGCCGCGUACGAUGCCUUCCUCUGUGGAUCAGUUCUUCUGAAAGUGGCACACUUGCUUCUGUGGAGAGUACACCGUGCUGGCCCCAUGCCUGAGCCCUCCUUCUCUCUCUACCUUGAUGUGCUCGCUCCCUAUGUGAACCAGGUGAAUCUUAUCCGAGCUGGGGUCCCUAAGAUUAAUUUCUCGGGUCCAGAUUGCCCCAGUAUCCGACCUCCCAUCCUCCUCCUCCGUGUCCGGAGGUGGCCUGGGGUCAGCGAGCAGCAAGUCUAUCGUGAGUUUCAGAAUCUCUGCAAGUUCGAUGUGCGGCGACUCUCGCGGAGCCAGUUCCUGCUCUUGACCAACAAGUUUAAGGAUGCCCGGAGCAUCCUGAAGGAGUACAGGGGCCACCCCAGCCUGCAGGUGUCCCUCUACCGGUACUGGAGGCACUCCCCGAACAUCAACUGCCUGUUACAGGUGUGUGGCGUGGUCAUCACCUGGGCCCUCCUGGCACUUCUCCUCGGAAGACCUGGCCACUGA